GCUCCCACGGUGGUGCCGCCGAAGUUUGGGGCGACGGUCGUGCCACCUCGGAUGGCAAUGGGAUCAAUGGGGCCACCCAAGGCCAUCCCGCCACGGAGGCCCGCGACGACGGCGGCAGAGGUGCUGCAAGAGGUCAACGAGAAGCAGGAGACGCCAGGAAAAGAACCUCAACCCCGUCAACCAGGAGGAAGGGGCGCCAGGCCAAACCGCCCGAGCCAAAAGAAUCGGGAGACGGGCCGCUCCUUUGAAAGGCUCGCGGACAGGCUCCUGACCGCCAACGAAAAGCUGCUGACAGAGACGGCAGCGCUCCAGUGGCAGGAGGCACAGAACUUCGAGUUGCGAAGUCAGAUGCAGGAGCAGGAGGCGAACUUUGCUCAGCAGCUGCAGUUGCUGACGCAGCAGAAGGAGCAGCUGGAGACGGCGAACUUGCAGGCGAAUGCUGCUCACCAGCAGCUGCUGGCCAGCUUGCCAGAGUUGAGCCAAAGUGGCCAGUACAAGCAGCUCUACCUGAACGCCGAGGCAUGUCGUGCCGAGCUUCAAGGCAGGUUGGAGAAGGUCACGGGGGACAACCUCAAGCAGAUGCAGGUUAUGCUGGAUGAGAAGCAGAAAGCGGCAGAGGAGCGACGUGCUCAGCUCAUCAAGGAGCAUGUGCGGCAGCUGCAGGGCAAGGAAGCCGAGCUGAAGGCUCAGAGGCAAGAGCUUACGGCUUUGACGGAGGAGGUCCUCCAGAAGGACGCGGAGAUCACGGCAUUGAAGAAGCAGCAGCAG